AUGAAGCCCUAUGACGGGUAUAAGGACCCAAAGGAUUAUGUGGAAGUCUUUGAGGGCCUCAUAGACUUCCAGGCGGCGUCUAACGCCAUCAAGUGCCGAGCCUUUCAGAUCGCUCUCACGGGGAAUGCUCGGCUCUGGUACAGAAGGCUGUCGGCGAGGUCGAUCUCGACCUACAGUCAGCUGAAGAAAGAGUUCAUUAGUCAAUUCUCUUAUCGACAAUAUGACAGGAAAACAGCCACUCACCUCGCCACCAUCCGGCAGAAGGAAGGUGAGACUUUAAGAGAGUACGUGACCCGCUUCCAAAAGGAGCAGCUUAAGGUCGCGCAUUGCUCUGACGAUUCGACCAUGUGCUACUUCUUUACUGGCCUGGCCGACGAGACUCUGACAGUCAAACUAGGAGAGGAAGCACCGUCAACCUUCGCUGAAGUCUUGCAGAAGGCUAAGAAGGUUAUAGACGGGCAAGAACUACUUAAAACCAAACAAGGUCGGACAGACAAGAGGUCCGACCAGAAGAAGCCAGGUGUCCAAGAGAAGGGAAAGUCUGAUUCUAAGUUUAAGGACAAGGGGUCAUCUUCCCAAGGUCGAUCUGAUUAUAAGAUGUCCGACUCGGACUCCAACUGGAGGGGGCCCUAUGAGAGGUACACCCCAACCACCAUUCCGAUCUUCAAGAUUCUCACCAAUAUUGAGGAGAACGGUUUGGAAAAACUCCUUAAGCGACCUGAUAAGCUUAGAGGAGACCGAGAGAAGCGCAACAAGGACACGUACUGUCGUUUCCAUCGCAAUCACAGCCAUGAUACCUCGAGUUGCUGGGAGUUGAAGCGCCAGAUUGAAGACCUGAUUCAAGAUGGCUACUUCAAAAAAUAUGUAGGCAAGCCGGGCGCGAGCUCGGUAGAGAAGAAAAAAGAGAGGAAGCAUUCAAGGACGCCACCUCGGAGAGAUGACCGACCUGCGGUCAUCAAUACCAUCUUUGGCAGUCCUAGUGGGGGCCAAUCCGGGAACAAGAGGAAGGAGCUGGUCAGAAAGGUGCAGGUAGAUGAGGGCGCUUCUGCCAACAUUCUAUCUCUCACCACUUACCUAGCACUGGGAUGGACCAGGGCACGGCUGAAGAAGAGUCUGACCCCCUUAGUAGGGUUUGCGGGAGAAUCUGUCACCCUAGAGGAUUGCAUUGAUCUUCUCAUCACUAUCGGCCAAGGUGAUACCCAAGUCAYUCGGAUGGUCGAGUUCGUGGUAAUAGAUGGCAGGUCGGCCUACAAUGCCAUCUUCGGACGACCUAUUAUCCAUUCACUUCGGGCCAUCCCAUCGACUAUGCACCAAGUUAUGAAGUAUUCUAUGAUCAACGGAGUCGGCAUGAUAUGA